AUGGAUAACAAAGGAAUUUGGACCAAACUUGGAUCCCCAGGACCAUCCAGAAAGAGACCUGAAUGUCUGUCUAAGGUACGCGGAACAGGGCAAACUCUAAAUAAUCGAGUAUAUGAACACAGAAAAGAACUUAAGAACUUACAUCAGAUUCAGUUAAAUAGUUUUCGACUAACAGAACAUAAAACCGAUUAUUUUCAUAACACGGAUUCGACGGAAGAAAUUAACCCCGAAUCUGUUCUGUACUUGGAUAAGCUAAAGAGUUACCCAGGCUGCCAACCGGAAGUCAAGAACGGUCGAGCUGUGUUCAGACUUCCUUUAGAUAAUUUCUACGCUUGUGGCACAGUCAGGGUGCUGAACAAAUUAACAGGACAAAAGAUUUUCUACCACAGAGUUAUUGUGGAGCAUCCAUUAGAACCAAAAGAGGUGAUUUUAGCCAAGUGUGUUCUUCCUGCUGAGAAGCAUACAGUUCUAGCUCAGAACCGGACAAGAAGAAACAUACUGCCCCCUAACUUCAUAGAGCCUGACUAUGUCAACAUCACUCGGUACAUAGAACAGAGGGCUCCAGUGCCGUAUCUCAGUUUAUUUCUAAAACAAAAUGGAAGAGUUCUGGAUACAACGUAUAAUGUUCAACCUGGAACACCGUUAGAAAUGGUUAUCUUCUUAGAUGACAAAAGUGCUGGAGUCUAUGGACUACUUGCCAGUUACCUGAAAGUAACAGAUAAUUCUCCUCGAAAUGAAGAGGUCAUCAUUAUGAAUGGCUGCUCAAUAGAUCCGUACAUAUUCGGAAAUUUCCAGACUCGUGAUGGUGACACUCUCACCGCUAGGUUUAAAGCCUUCAAGUUUCCACAGUCUAAUUAUGUGCUUUUUGUGGGAACCGUGAAUGUUUGCAUUGACAAGUGCCAGGGAGUGCCAUGUGGCGAUGACCAGUAUGGAUAUGGCAGAAAACGACGCAGCAUUCCAGCGAAACUCCCAGAUGAUCCAAAUAAGGUUUUUGAAGUAGAGAUGUCAACUUUCUUAAAAAUUGAAUAUGAAGAGGAUCACUUCAAACUUAAUCAAGGAAAUCUCGCAGGAAACUAUGAUGAAGACGCUUCAAGCUUAACUAAAACAAACUACCUACCCUAUACCGAGGACAAAACAGGAGGUGCUGCCACCAUUUGGCCACAAUUAGUUCUUGUUCAACUUGUUUUAUUUGUGGCUAGUAGUUUCGUUUGCUAAAGCCCACGUUGUCCAUAUUUCUACUCCAUGAAGAAAUAUUCAAAUCAUGGAAAAUAUCAAUACAAGAAAGGGACAAUGGUUCAAGAAAUGUUUCCUCUUCUACAUAUAAGGUGUCUCAUCGGCUUUACUCCUGUCUAUCCUACAAGAGAGAAAUAUUAACUUUAAACAUUUAUUAAAGAAAAGGUGCCAGUCACCUAAAUUUUUAUUUUGUUUAUUUGACUUUCUAAUAGAAACUGCACUUAAGCCACUGCUGAACGUAAAAAAAUCUUUUGACACAUCUUGUCAAAAGAUUUUGUGGACGUCAACAUCUUCUGGCUUUUGUAAAUCUAAAAAAUUGGUUUAGAAAAUGGUAUUUUUAAAUGUGAAUGUGUGUGUUACAUCCAUUGGAAAUUAUACAAUGAUGCCUACAGUUUGAUUGGCUUUGUCUUUUCUAGUUUUUGUUAAGAUUAAAAAAUUAUUUUUAGCAGCAUUAAUGACCCGUCCAUGAAAUAGCUAUGUAUAAAUAUCUAAACUUAUGAAGUAAUGUUUAACAUGUAUAUUUGAUGCUUACUUAAGCACCGUAUAUCAUGUUUUCUUAGGAGUUCUUCUGUAUUUUUGUACUUAUCAUUACAAUGAAAUUAUAUGUAUGAAUUACGCUGAUACGAGCCAUAAACAGUACAUUAUA